ACUGUGUGUGUAGAAAGUGAAGCGCGAUGGGUCGAUACCAGUAUUCUUCUUUUGUGAUGUCAGGCUUCAUGCGUUUGUUUUAAUAGCAAUGGUGUUGCCGAUUUAGCUAGACAACCAUCAGGACUGGUAAUUAACUUCACCAGGUUUGAUAAGUGGGUGAAAAUGAAUCGUUUUCAAUGCACCGUCCGUCGCUUGGAGGAGCAAGCUGAGCCUCUUGUUUGCAGUUUCGAGAAAGAUGUAAGGGGUCAGGUGUUGCUAGAUUAUGUCAUCGAAAAGCUGAACAUUGUGGAGAGAGAUUAUUUCAGCCUUAGAUUCAUGGAUGGAGAAAAACAAAGGCAUUGGAUUGACCCCACAAAGAAUAUAGUGAAGCAGAUGAAAGGAGGACCACCUUACAACCUUGUCUUUAGGGUGAAGUUCUAUCCAUCAAACCCACAAGCAAUCAAGGAGGGGAUCACACGGUACCAUCUAUUCCUCCAACUGUGUCGGGACCUCCAACAUGGCCGCCUUUUAUGCAAUAAGGAGGAUUCUGUCAUCUUAGCAGGUUAUAUUAUCCAGGCAAACAUUGGCGAUUAUGAUUUGGCUGCCGAAGAUGGAUAUGUGUCAAAGUUCAAGCUGGUUUCUCGACAAUCCUCCAGAUUUGAAAAGAAAGUUGAAAAUCAGCACAGGUGCUUAAGAGGGUUGAGCGCUGCUGAUGCUGAGGAACACUUCAUAAAUAAAGCCCACACUCUUCUCACCUAUGGAGUAGACCCACAUCCUGUGAGGGAUAUAUAUGGAACAUUAGUGUAUAUAGGUAUGACAUACCGAGGCCUUAGCUUGUUGAAAGGUCGUGUGGAAUUGCAACACUUCCCGUGGAAAGUGAUUUCCAGACUCUCAUUCGAUGGUAGAACAUUCUACAUAAGUGCUGUAAUAAAUGAGCGCAAAGUUGUACAUCGGUUCCGCUCAGAGACAUCAGCUGCUAGUAAGCAUCUUUGGAAAUGCGCAGUAGAUCAUCAGGCUUUUUUUAAAUUUGAAAGAUCAAAAGAUGUGUCAAUGAAAACAUCUGGAAGUUUAUUUCGAGGGACACGCUUCAAGUUCUCUGGCAGAACACAACAUGAAGUAUUGGAACAGAGCGCCAAUAUCACUAGAGAAGAACCCAUCUUUGCGAGGAGUCCGCCCAUGGUUAAGCCAAGAAGAACAAAGUCUUUUAUGGAUCAUCUCUACACUUCAGAUGUACACACGUAUGAUGGUUUUUCACAAAUGUCCGACUCAAAUCACUCAACCCCAAAAAGGUUUGACAAUCAGCUGAUGUCCUAUCCUCCUGUCACUCAUGAAUGCAUUGAAGAAUCUACAACACUCUCAGAUGACCUUUCACCUCCUUCCACUCAGGAUGCCUGUGAUGGCGCCGUUCCUAAUAACUACCUUCCAGCAAAACGUGAAGCACGCAUAUGUAACACAGACUCCAUAGUUCAGCCAAGUAGGAUGUCUAUAUUAGUUAAAAUCGUUCUUUGUUUCCUUGUGUCUAUUUUCGUUUUGUCUUUGUGUUUAAUUGUUCUGUUUGAAGCCGAUUCUACAAAUCUGAGCGCAGUACGAGAUUUCAGGAGUUUACACUGUAUAGAGGAUUUCCAUAUUCACUUCUACAUGCCAUCGAAACAGAGUAUUGUCAGGAUUGCUCUUUGGUUCCAGGAUAUUGUAGAACCAGUGCGAAUGUUACUCUCCAAUGGGUCAAUAUCAAUAGCAAGGAAAUUGCAUUCUGUUUUGUUUUCUGGUUUUACAGAGUCUAGUUCAUAAAAACCCAAAAUAAUGCAAGGAAUUAUGGUAUGAUUGGUUGAGAAAACUUUCAGAAAUGUAUGUGUACGUGAAAUUCAAGAAAUUAAGGGGUGUAUGACAUUAUUUCAAUUUGGAAGAAAUUAUUGUGACAUCUUUUCCUGUUAAUAAUAUAGUUUUUCAUAAUUUAGAUAUAGUAAUAUUCUUAUGCUUCGUCACCUUAAUUAAUAGUGGUGCAAUAUUACAAGUGACUAAUAUUUCAAAAUCUAUUUUUAUAGAUUAUUUUAUUAUUAUAUUGUAUGUAUUAUAUCUAUAGUUUAUCCAUUUACUGCCUUCAGACGAUGACUUUAAUUAUUAUUUAUGUGAUUGGUGGUUUGUUAAUAGAGUAAUAUUGUUUUCCAGAUAUAGCUGUAAUAUAUAUAAUCUCUAUAUUUGAAGAGUAUCAUAGUAUGCAAAUUAUGUAUUUAAAUAUUACUAUAAAAAACACAUGCAAUAUACUGUAUAUUCAAUUCACUUUGUACCAUACUAUAUUUUUUACCACUAGCAUGGCAUGUGUGAAGCCAUAUCUGCUUACAGAAUAUAUUGACUAUGUUAAUGUUAAUCCCACAUAGUACUGUAUAAAUAAUGAAUAUUCAUGAGUGCAAUGGGGUAGAAUAUUUCAUGAGGUGAAAGAUUGGAUGUUCUAUUCAAUAUGGCAUAGUUUGAGUUGAAUAGAAUAUCCAAUCUUUCACCUCAUUAAAUAUUCUGCCCCAUUGUAUGAAUGAGAAGCAUUCAUAAUUUGUUUUAUACAACACCUCCUUUAUACAUCGCCUGCAUGCUUUUCUUUGAAUACAUUACAAGGACCCAUCAUCCUUUCAAUGGUGAGCAUAUAAAACCGGCGUAGCCCUAGGAAUCGAUCAAGUUCAGCUGAUAAAAUAGACUCAUCCUACCACUAAAGCUGGCAAAAUACUUCAUACGGUUAACUGCAUAUUUUAUUGCCUUUUUUGUUGAUUCACCAUCAUUUUCUUUCACUAAUUCCUCCAGACCUUCUUAGCUCAAAAGUACAAAUGGCGCAGUACCAAAUGAACCUGCCAUUUUAUUGCAGAGCAAAGAUACUGAAUGACCAACUCCUUGUUGACGCGUGAGUUGUAAUAACAUAGUCACGGGUGGCCUAGGUGCGCUAGGAUAAUUUUGUCUUGGUGAUGAAAAAGUACUAUUCAACCAUCGUUGACUAGUACUCAAAUAACCAUGGAAUAGUCAUUUUAAAUCUCACAUGACCUGUUUUCAAUCAAUCAAAUUAAUAGAAUAUAUACAGGUGUUGUAUAAUUAUGUAUAGUCGAUCUGAUGUACCUUUAAAAUUACUGAUCUAGAAAGUGAUGUUAUGGAGUACUUAGUAUCAAUGCAAGUUGAGUUUUAUGAGCUCGAAUAAAAAGAAGUAUAAAGUA